AUGAUAAAGGAGGGCACAACAGAUGAUCUGUUUGAUCAUUUGUGCUCGAUAUUGCCAGAGUUCCUACAACUCUGCCAUGUCAAAAGAAACCAAGCAGAUAGCUACAACAGGGAAAGAGAGGCUGUUGGUUGUGAAGAUUUUGAUAAGUCAUUUGCUUUGUUGCAGGUUGACUUCUCAGAAAACUACACAUGCAUGUUUCAAGACGAAAUACAAAGUGCUGCAGCCCUUUGGUUUGAUGGUAAGCUCCACCCGACAGUCAUUGCAUCUGAUGACUUGAAUCAUGGGAAAGAGACGGUUGUGUCCUACAUUGAUUACCUCCUCGACACUCUUCCUGCAACUGUGAAAUCCAUUUCCAUAUGGUCUGAUGGUCCUUCCUCGCAAUUUAAGAAUCGGUUUCUUGUUGCAGCCAUUUCGUCGCUUCAAGAGAAACACAAGAUUAACAUCAUCUGGAAUUAUUUUGCUACUUCACAUGGCAAAGGUCCAGUUGAUGGUAUUGGAGGUUCUGUGAAACGUCCGUCACACACAUUCAAAUUCCGAUUGAAGCCAACUUCCACCGAUUUUAGUAAAUUGAACUUUUUCAUGAGAUAG